CUGUUGAACACACAUUUAAAGAAACAUUCCUCUCCUGGUGAAAAAUUUGCCACCAUGCAAUUUUCUGUGAUUCUGUGAUUCCCACUCAACGCCAACUUCCACGCGGUAUUCGGACGCUGGUCCAUCGUCCGCUGCCACAGCCCCAGCCCUAUCGGUAGUUCCGCAAAUUCUUCGGACCUAGUACUAGCCGACUAUUUCCUUUUACCGUCUUCUAAUUCCAACUUUCAUCCUCACUCAUUCGUUCGUUCACUCUGUUGGUUGCGUCUGCAACAUGUCCGUAGAAUAUCUCAUCCCGCGUUUUGAUAACACCCUCGGUGCUUUGCUCGUAGGCUUCUCUGUCUCUGCCACUGCGUUUGGAAUGUUGACCAUUCAGGUGUUCACCUACUAUAAGCGUUUCCCCCAAGACAAGGCGGCAUAUAAGGCUCUCGCUGCAUUGAUAUGGUCAAUUUCUUUGGUUGAUCAAGCCUUCAUUGGUCACAGUGUAUACUUCUAUACCAUCACAAAUUAUUUGGAUCCCCUCCCAUUGGAAACAGGAAAACCACAGUGGACUCUUAUACUGCAAAUGACUUUGGGCGCUGUAGUUGGUGCUAUUGUCAAGGCUUGUUUCACACUACGAGUCUGGAGGUUCAGCUACAGAAAUUGGUGGCUCACAGCGUUCUUGUUUUUGAUGGUUCUCGCGCAACUUGGCACGGCGAUCGUGUUCACUGUAAAAUGUUUCAAAUUACCUACUUUCACGAGCAUCAUUUCCUUGAAGUCUUUGGGAAGCCUUUCCUUGGGCAUCGGAGUCGUUACGGACAUAAGCAUAGCUGCCGCAUUAUGCUUUCACCUUCAGAAAAUGCGCUCGAGCCAUCCAACUGCGGACUCCAUGAUCAAUACGUUAACAAUAUACGCAGUAAAUACCGGUCUUCUUACCAGCACCGUCAGCUUGUCGACCCUUGUUCUGUUCGACCUCAUGCCGACGAACUUCGUGUUUAUAUGCCUGUAUUUUGUUGUGAGCAAAUUGUAUGCGAUAUCAUUCCUGGCUACACUCAACACUCGAAAAACUAUACGAGGUCGUGGCACAGAUCCUGAAGGAGGAAAGGCUGCGAGUUUCAGUAUGGUUACCGACUCCAUGCAGCCUUCAGUAGGGAUGCCCAUACAGCUGGCGGUGCAAACCAUUCGGGAAGAAAUAUUGGCGGGUGCGGUGAUUUCCUUUAUUCUGCUAGAAUGCAUCUAAGGAUUCACUAUGACAGGAUGUCGUGAAUCGAAAUCCAUAGCAACAAAUUCUACACCAUCCUAUGAUUAGGGGCUAGUAAUUUUCAUACAUCAUCCUUCGUGACACCUCGACCACCCAUACUCUACGCGCGAGGUGCGCUUUAUCAUUGAAUGUGGCUUUGGCGUUAUUCGUCUCUCUUUCAUUUGCAAAAGGCAGCGCCUGUUGCAGUAAUCACACCGAAUCACACCGGAUACAUAACGUAGACACAACCACAACUUGGAAUUUGAAUAGAGUUUGUAUAGUACCACGAUAAAAACGCGAUGACGCGCUGUACUUGUUUCGUUCA